CCUCAGGCCAUCCGACUUGGUCGGUCCAAGACUAGGAAUAAACAUCCCGCUUGAUCGCCUUUCUCACAUCUACUCCCGUUUUCCUGAAGAUUCUUUUCUGUUUCUGCAUGUUGUUGGGUUUUCUCUUGACACUUUCGGUGGGCUGUUUUCACGAUGAAUCUCUCCAGAGAUACCAACCCCUUCGAGGACAAGAUGCCCUCCUCCGAACGCUCCACCUCAACCGACAGGGAGAGGCUCCUCAUAGAUGAGGAGGCUACUCACUGGUCGCAAAACAACCGUUCCUCCAAGUCCUUUCUUGGAGGAUGGUUACGAGUGUUGUUUGUGGUUGCGGUGGCGGUUUUGUCGUGUUUGGUGGGGGUUUUCCUAGGGCACAACCAGAGGGACUUGGACAAGUCGUGCACGCGGCGGACGACACAAUAUUCACCUGUCAUCGGACAAGUUGGGCUCAAAUACCACCAACAACCCUUCAACGGCUCUCUGCUGAAGCAAAACAUCUUCCGGCAAGAUGCAAGCCCUGAAGUGGACGCAGCAUGGGAGUCCCUCGGUGCCAACUUCCGCGCCAUCAGGGUCCCCGCCGAGGAUGCCCAGAAAUCUGGCUUGGCGAAGGACCAAGUCAAGAUCCGGGAGAAGUAUGGCGGGGGGUAUCCCGCCAACGUGGAGGGCUUCCACCAUUUGCACUGCCUGAACCUCCUCCGUCAGUCCUUGUACUACAACUACGACUACUAUCACAACCUUGGCACCGGUGCCUUCACCAACGACGACUACAUUGUUCGACACCACGUCUCGCACUGCCUCGACGUCCUCCGCCAGGAGCUCAUGUGCAGUCUCGACGUCGGCGUCCUCGGCCAGGUCUGGGUGCAUCCCGAGCACCCGGAGCCCUUCGUGGACUUCAACACAAAGCACCAGUGCCGGAACUUUGAGGAGAUCCGGGAAUGGGCGGAGAAGCACCAGCUGCCGGAGACGGUGCCGUCGGACUUUCUGGAGCCGCCCUUGUUGACGGAUCGGGUGUACGAGGAGAUUCCGUGAGGGGAUGGAAUUGAGGCUUGUAUAUAUAGAGCUGAGCAAUACUAUUGGCGUAUAUGACUGUUUACUUUGCCGUCCUG